AUGGCUCCGCUUCUCUCAGCAUACCUGAUCGCCGCUGCCCUUGCAGCCUUACGGCCUGCCCAUGCUGCCAAAGACCCCAUCACCGACUUUUGCCGCCGCUGGGGACACCAAACCGCCGUGGUCGACAACAGGCUGUACAUCGAUGGCGGCCAGCUCACGUGGAAUCCCAUGUCACAGAAUCCGUUGAACUACACGAAUACCUGGUUCCUCUACAACGAUCUUGAGGAUGCCUCCUCUGGGAUGCCGCAGCUCCAUGAUGACCUUAACAAGACACAAAAUGUGCCAGACCUCAGCGGCGGUGUCUUGUGGUCCGACGAAGUGAACAAGGUCCUUUACCUCUACGGCGGCGAAUAUAAUGGCGCCACCCCUGAGGCCUUUACUCCCUGGGCUUAUGACAUCCUUCUGAAUCAAUGGAACCAGACCGACAUCAGCGCAGCAGCCGGGAUCCAAAGAGUAUCCUAUGGCGCAGGCGUGACAGUAAACGAAACCGGGGUCGGUUACUACCUGGGAGGUUGGCUCAACAACAACACCGUUCCUGGAUGGGGAGCUGAUCCGAUGCUCACGAGCAAUCUCAUUAUAUACGAUUUUGUUCAAGACUCCUGGACCAACAACACUGGCCCUGACAGCACCGGUCGAGGAGAAGGCACCAUGGUCUAUCUUCCAGCUUCUGACAAAGGCCUCCUGAUAUACUUCGGCGGCGUCAUUGAUCCUUUUGAUAAUGGCACCGUUUUAGGGGAUGAGAUGAGUAACAUUUACGUUUACGACAUUGCUUCCACAAAAUGGUACAAGCAGACGGCCACUGGAGAUGUUCCUGACAUGAGACGAAAAUUCUGUGGCGGUGCUUCCUGGGCGCAGGAUAAGUCGUCCUACAAUAUUUACAUUUAUGGCGGCCAAGGUAUCACAAACACGACGGGCUUUGACGACGUCUACAUCUUAUCGAUCCCUUCCUUCCAAUGGAUCAAGUGGUAUCCCACCGAGGCAGGAGUUGGAAACCCGCACGGCAUCUCAUCGUGUAACGUUGUCAACAGUGCGCAAAUGCUCAUCAUCGGCGGUUGGUUUGCGCAAAAUCAAGCAUGUGACUCGCCAAAUGUCUGGGGCACCCAUAACCUGAACCUGGGAAAGAAUGGCCCGGAAGAUGCCAUGUGGGAUUUGUUUUAUCCCAACAUCACCGAAUACCUGGUGCCACCAGAAAUCGUUGCCAAGAUCGGCGGAAGUUCGACUGGAGGCGCCACAAACAAAGCCCCUGAGAGCUGGGACAACCGAGAUCUACCAGUGUACUUCUCCAGAAUCCCAACCUACGCAGCUCGCACGGCUACGAGAGACGUUUCGGCGGCUACAAGUGGCGGUAACAGCACCUCGUCCCAUGAUAGCGGUGGUGGUUCGGAUGUGGGCGCCAUCGUUGGCGGUGUUGUCGGUGGCGUUGGUGGAUUGCUUGUGGUCCUGGGACUGGCGUGGUUCUGUCUCCGACGGAGAAAGAAGAGCAAGGAUACGGCGAAGGAGAAGCAACCACUGCAAGAGAAUCCAGUCGAGCUUGCGGCAGACGAUAGCCACAAUCUUGAGGGUGGAGUGGUUUCCGAGCUUUCAGCAUCGGACAGCCACAGAUAUCGUAAGGGCCCUGGAUCGCCGACCGACCACAACCUCUCCCCCGUCUAUACUCAACACAGCAUCUCACCUAAUACAGCUUCACCAACCUUUGGACAAUCCGGAUUCCCAGUCUCGCCGCAAACGUCGUACGCACCGGGCGGACCUCCUGGAGAUCCAGGAAGCUACAUGCAGCCGCCCGUGUCGCCCAGCGCUCCGCAAUACAUGUACCCAGCCGGGCCACCAGGCACUCUGCCGAACUACAUGUUCCAACCACCGCCACCCAACGCCCAGCCUUACGACCCCGCGCAGCAUUCACUGCACAACGAGCAUUUCCCGCCUCCGCCUUCACCCUCACCAAGAGCAGGGCAUGCCGCACUCGCAAUUCCGACGGGCCACCGCCCCGGGAUGACGGGAACUCCUAGUGACUACUCGCGAGAGUCGGAGCCUAGUUCGGCAUAUCCUACAACAACGUCAAACACUCCGGCGCACUUUUAUCCUCAACCGUUGCAUGUUGGUCGGAACGUCACACAGAGCACACAAGCAAGCGACACUCCGCUCGUGGGACGGAUCAGCGAAAGCAUCGGGUCGGUAUCGGGGUCUGGAUCGUCGGGAGGCGCAAGACAGCAGCCACCGGUACGAGGAAGGUUCAGGGAAGAAGCACAUGACUAG